CUUUUUAAGCUUAAAACUUAAGCUUCUUUAAUUUUAUAAUUCCAACGACAGCUUUACACGAAACAAACAAGGCACAGAGAUUAAUGACGAGGGCGUUUCAUCUGAUCAUUGACUGCAUUACUGGAGACACUGGAUCUAUUCAAAUGCUCGUUACGAAUCUUUAUGACUUACCCGGAGAAUAUGUGUCGAUGAAUCCUGAGAUCUUUAGCGCAAUGAGAGCAGGGAACGUAAAGUUUUUGGAUAAGAUGAAGACUAACAACAAUACACCAUUGGCAUGUUUCAGGAACGAAACAGGAGAUUUCACUCUUCACCUUGCUGCUGCUUGGGGUCGACUUGAGCUAGUGAAGAGAAUCGUCUCUGAAUGCCCAUGUCUUCUUUUGGAAACAAACUCCAAGGACCAGAUUCCGCUUCAUGCCGCUGCCGCUGCUGGCCGUUUAGCUGUUGUUGAGGCUUUUGUUGCGAGAGUAAAUGAAAUUUCAGAUGGACUCUCUGAAGAAGAGAGGGAGAGAGUGAAUCUAUAUGCUAUGAAGGAUAUAGAUGGAAAUACCGCUCUGCACUUAGCCUUGAAAGGCGGCCAUUUGAAGACAGCUGCAUGUCUGGUAAAGGCCAACCACCUUGCUUCGUUUCUUGCAAAUAACCAUGGAGUAUCUCCUUUGUUUACGGCUAUAAUUGCUGGAAGUCUAACCCUAGUGGAAGCAAUGAUGUACGUUCCUGGACAGACAUGUAACUUGGCAUCAAAGUUAGAAGGGAGAAAGUCGCUUGUACACGCGGCUCUAAAGGCCAAAAACUCAGAUAUCCUUGAUGUUAUUCUCAGUGAAGACCCAAGUCUUGUCAAUGAACGAGAUGAAGAAGGACGGACCUGCCUUUCAGUUGCAGCAUACGUAGGGUACUAUAAAGGGGUAGUCAAUCUCUUACACCGAUCAACAUCAAAUGUCUUUGAGUGUGAUGAUGAUGGUUCCUAUCCAAUCCACAUGGCAGUGGAGAAGGGUCGCGUCAAAAUUUUCCUAAAGCUUCUCAAGUGUUGUCCCGAUUCACAAUACCUACUUAACAAACAAGGUCAGAACAUUCUUCACAUUGCGGCAAAAAGUGGGAAAACUGGAACUUACCUAUUACAAGUCAUCAAGGCUUAUGAUUUGAUAAAGAAUGAUCUGAUUAUGGAGCAAGAUGUGGAUGGGAAUACACCUCUGCACUUAGCCACCUUAACGUGGCGUCCUCGAACUGUUAAUAUACUUAAUAAGUUCACUUUGGGAAACCACCUACAUAUACGUAACAAAGAUGGCUUGAGUGCUCUGGAUAUAGCGGAGUCGAAUCUGCAGUCCAAUUACGUCUUUCGAGAGAGAAUGACGUUGAUGGUCUUAUUGUGCACUUGUUCGCCAAGAGGGUUUAAAAUGAUACCCACAAGUGGAAUAACAUUAAAAAGCAGAUCAGAAAAAGUAGCCGGUAACAAAUACAAAGACAGUAUCAAUGUACUUCUACUUGUGGCAACUCUAGUAGCUACUGUGGCAUUUGCUGCAGGUAUUGCCAUACCAGGAGGAUUUAGUAGUUCUACUCCAAAAAGGGGAAUUGCAAUUUUGGACGAUGAUGACUUCCUCUCGAUUUUUCUGGUGUUUAACACAUUGGCGAUGCAAAGCUCUGUUCUGGCAAUAGUUGCUCUAAUAUGGGCACAACUGGGGGAUCCAGUACUUGUUCAUAAAACCUUUCAUUUGGCAUUGCCAGCACUCUUUGUUUCUCUAGUUUCAAUGUCCUCAGCAUUCUUCUGCGGCGUGGUGGCUACAACAAAGCACAAUCCUUGGCUUUUUGAUAGCAUUAUCUUUAUCUCUAUCAUCUUCCUUUUUGUGGUAGCUUAUCUCCUUGCCCCUUACGCUAUCCCUCAGUUUCCGGGCACUCCUUUUCUUCAAAGAAUUACUAAAUGUUAUCUCGACUUUAUGUUGUUGUUUGUUAAUGAAGAUGAUGUUGAUAUUGUCUGCGAGAAGAAGCAGGAGACCGUCCAUCUUUAUGUCGCGAACUAAGUCGAAAGGUAAAAUAUCCUAAAAAAUGUCUUUAAAGAAAUAAUAUCAUUUCAUCUGUUUGAUUAAGAUGUUGUUUAAACGUUAUUGGCUUUUCGGUGUUUCGUGAUUUAUCUAUGAGUUUUUAUUUAUGGUUUCCAUCAUUCCAUGUACUCUAUUUUGUCAAAAUACAUAAUAUAUUGUGUGGAGACUCUCUAGAGCUAGAGAAUGGAGCUUCUGUUGCUAUGUUGAUUCAUGUGUUCA